AUGCAGUGUGUAACAGUCAGUGUGCGUGUGAGUGUAUCGCAGGGAGGAGGGGGAGGCGAGUCAUCAUGUCCGCUGGAAAAACAACAACCGACGGAGGCAACACUUUCGUCGUCUGCCUCCGUUCCCGCUGACAUUCGUCCAGAUAUUUCCCCCUCUUAUCAUCACAUCUCAGCGUUCCGGUUCGCCACGAGAUGAGUCAGGCUGAGCAGGUGCUUGAGGUCACACCUGCUAACCUCAGUGAUGACCCAGUGGAUUCAGACACCCUCAAAGAGCACCCUCAGACGGGCAUGCUGGGCAGGUUGGCAGGGGGCUUGUACGGCGCCACCAAGGGGGCUUUAGGAGCGACCGUGGGCGGCGUGGCCUGGAUCGGCGGGAAGAGCCUGGACCUCACAAAGACGGCCGUCUGCUCGGUGGCCGCCGUGCCCGCGGCCGGCGUGGGCCUGGUCAAGGGAGGAGUGUGCGCCGUCGCCGGCGGCGUGACGGCCGUGGGCUCCGCCAUGGCCAGCAAAGUUCCCAUGGGAGGAGGCAAAAAGAAGGACAAGUCCGACUGAGGGCACCUUACACACAAGACUCAAAUCUGUUUCGGUGUGGGUUCUGUCCCUUGUGUGUUUACUCCCAAUCAUCAAGUGCAAAAUAAGAGCGAGGAAAGACUUUGUUUGCUGUGAAAGGAAAACACAUUUCUUUUCACCGUAGGUGUGAAGUGGUCCAAAUAAAGGUGAUUUCACUGCACCAGCAAACCUUGAAUCUCAGCAGCUGGACAAUCAUGACUGAGCAGGUCAGUACAGUACAUUCCCCCGCCUAUACAGUAUGUCAGUGCGUGUGGGCGACCUCUAGUGGCCAGAGUAGGAUAUGCAACCUGUUACAUGUCUCACUACCAUGUUGCUGCUUUUCAACGCCACACAACGAAAGCAUUGUAUGGCAUUUUGGAAGCUGACUUGUCAUGUUGGCAAUUUAAUAAAUUGUCAAAUCAA